GGCUCCCACUCCCGGGUCGGCGCACGCCACUCGCCCGAGCCCUAGGCCGCCGCUCUGGCCCAGGAGGCGCCGGCAGGGGCCGGAGGCGCGCACCCCGCCCGGCACACCCCGGCGGAGCAGCAGCGACCCGGUCUCCUGCAGCGCAGGGCGCCGCCUGCCCGCGUGGUCCAGUCCCCAGCGCAGCGGACCGCACACGCCGGGCCUGCUUCUGCAGAUCAGGCUCUGUCUCACGCUGAACAGUGUCGCUGCAUCUAUUCAGCCUUCCCGACCAGGGCCUGCUGUAUGCUUACUGGGCUCGCCCGCCCCCUUCCUAGAUUCUUCUCGGGAUGAGAAAUACCGAUUCUGCUGAAGACUUCGCUCUCCUGCUCUGGUUGCUGCCUGAGAACUAAGGAAAGGUCCCGGGGACCCACAGCGGUGUUUUCCAUCGUCUACAUUCAACUGAUAAAGCAUCUUGUGAGGAUGAGCCUGGUCUCGCGCUGAGAUAGAUGUCUUGCAAUCAGACAGUUCGGAGUGGAAACAGUGGUGCAACUGGCUGGAGUUGGAACCCUGUACCUUCCUUUCCUCCGAGCCCUGCCUCCUUCGGCAGGCCGGAGCGCCAUAGAACUCCGUUGCUUUGCUGUUUGCUUUGGAGGGAACACAGCGGACAAUGAGGCUGACUUUGAACUCAAGAGAUCUGCUUACCCCAGUCUCCUGGAAUUAAAGGCCUGUACUAUCUUGCCUGGACCUAAGAUUUUCAUGGCCACUAUGCCUCAAGAUCUCCCUGUCAAGAUCUCCAUGUCAAGAUCCAAGUCAGAAACAAGUCCUCCAUCCUCAAGAUCUGGAUCACAGGAGAAAAUAAUGAAUGUCAAGGGAAAAGUAAUUCUGUCCAUGCUGAUCGUCUCAACCGUGGUUGUCGUGUUUUGGGAAUAUGUCAACAGCCCAGAAGGCUCUUUCUUAUGGAUAUAUCACACAAAAAUUCCAGAGGUUGGUGAGAGCAGAUGGCAGAAGGACUGGUGGUUCCCAAGCUGGCUUAAAAAUGGGACCCACAGUUAUCGAGAAGUGGAUAUAGGAAGACGGAAAGAAAAGGGGAAAAAUGGAGACAGCAUUGAAGAGCCUCAGCUAUGGGACUGGUUCAAUCCAAAGAACCGCCCGGAGGUUUUGACGGUGACCCCGUGGAAGGCGCCGAUUGUGUGGGAAGGCACGUAUGACACAGCUCUGCUGGAAAAGUACUACGCCAGACAGAAGGUCACCGUGGGGCUCACAGUUUUUGCUGUGGGAAAGUACAUUGAGCAUUACUUGCAAGACUUCCUGGAGUCUGCUGACAGGUACUUCAUGGUUGGCCACAAGGUCAUAUUUUACGUCAUGAUGGACGACCCCUCCAGAAUGCCCGUCAUCCCUCUGCGUCCUCUGCAUUCCUUACAAGUGUUUGGGAUCAGGUCUGAGAAGCGGUGGCAGGACAUCAGCAUGAUGCGUAUGAAGAUCAUAGGGGAGCACAUUCUGGACCACAUACAGCACGAGGUCGACUUCCUCUUCUGCAUGGACGUGGAUCAAGUGUUUCAAGACAACUUCGGUGUGGAAACUCUGGGCCAGCUGGUGGCUCAGCUCCAGGCCUGGUGGUACAAGGCCAGCCCGGAUGAGUUUACCUACGAGAGGCGGGAACUGUCGGCGGCGUACAUUCCAUUCGGAGAGGGGGAUUUUUACUACCACGCGGCCAUUUUUGGAGGAACGCCCAUUCACAUCCUCAACCUCACCAGGGAGUGCUUUAAGGGGAUCCUCCAGGACAAGAAACGUGACAUAGAAGCCGAGUGGCACGAUGAGAGCCACCUCAACAAAUACUUCCUUUUCAACAAACCCACUAAAAUCCUAUCUCCAGAGUAUUGCUGGGACUAUCACAUAGGCCUGCCUUCAGAUAUUAAAAAUGUCAAGAUAGCUUGGCAGACAAAAGAGUAUAAUUUGGUGAGAAAUAAUGUCUGACUUCAAAUUGUGAUGGAAACGUGACACUAUUAUUCUGGCUAAUUCCUGAAAAAAAAGUAGUAACACUUGAUUUCAACUUAACACACACACACACACACACACACAGAAACAAAACCCACCACCAGGGUAGACACAUGUUUUCUCCUAAUAACCUUGAGCCUGUAACAUGUGAGAAAGAGUCUAUGGCAAGUAAUCAGGUAUAAAUUCUCAGUGAUUUCUUAUGUAUUCUGGGUUUGGGGGAAAAUUUUAUUCUAGAAAUCAAAAUUAAUUUGUCAAGGAAAAGAAGAUGCCAGACCCUUCUGCCCAGUCUGUCAGAUAACUCACUGCAGGCCAGGUGCUGAGAGAUGCAUUUGGGAACAGGAUGGAUUGGGUUGGAGCUGGGAGACUCCAUCCCCUCGGCUCCAUUGUCUUCCUGGCUUUGCAGCCAGAGAACUUUAAUAAGGACGCCAAUGUGAUGUCAGUCUGUAAAAGCUGAUGGCUUCUAGGAGCCGCUGGCAGUCCAGGCCCUAUUAGGCUAUUGUUUGCCUCCUGGGCAUAAAGAAGGCAGAGAGGCAGAGUGUGCCACUAGGUAUCUUGGUGGCACAUGAUCAGAGUCCAGGAAAUACGGCAGGGGUGACCACGUAGAAGCUGUGCUCCGGUGGCGUGACAUAGGGCCUGGGGUUGACACUUGAACUAAGUUACAAACACAGACAGCUUUCUUCCCGAUAACGAACAGUAGGAAUCGAAUGGAAAGUGCGUUUCUUUUGUUUUGCCCCAAUCAUAUUCACAUUGUUAGCCUUGUGUGUUGAACCCUGUGGAGAGGAUGUGGGUGUGUCGGGGAAGGGGUGUACCUCAGAGGACUGAGUAUGAGGACCCGAUUUUUAUCAGAAGUCCAUGUGUCAUCAUCUGGUCCUACCACCUGCUCUGAACGGCAAAGAGCCUCAGCCCACCAUGUUCCAGCGUGGAGGGCUGACAUGGAGCAGGUGACUGAAGACAAAGCCCUCUGUCACAUGACCUCAUUUUCCCUGCUCUCUGUACUAUGCAAGUGUGACAGCCAGACAGAGGUACUGGACAGCAUGGGUAACUGGCUUUAUGGCAAUGGGAGAUGCAGUCACUACGACUGAGCUGCUGAAGGGUCAGUUCCCUGCUCUGAGAGAACUGCAGGAGCCUCUCUCUGCAUAGGGGGUUCUCAACCUGUGGGUCGCGACCUCCUUUGGGGGGGGUGUCACCUUUCAAAGGGGUUGCCUAAGACUGUUUAAAAAACAUAGAUAUUUCCAUUAUGAUUUGUAGCAGUGACAGAACUAUAAUUAUGAAGUAGCAACAAGCAUAAUUCUAGGGUUGGAGGUUGUCCAUAUUUUGAAGAACUGUAUUAGGUCACAGCAUCAGGGAAGCUGAGAACCAUUGCUCUAUCUGGGUAUUUAAGCCAAUCAGUGUAAAGGGAUUGCCAAUCUGUAUUUCUGUGUGUGCGUAUAUUUAUAUUUUGCUUGUCUGCAGUUUAGGUUGUCUGUUUCUACCUUUAAGCAGUUUAUUUAAAAGUCCAUUGCACAGUCUUGAUGACCGGUGUGAGGAACUUCAAUAAAAAAAUCAUCUUACCUUUGUCUACACAGCCCCACCUCUUACUUUUCAGUAGUUAACAAAACAACAAAAAACACCAGUCACUUACCCAGAGGAAUCAAACCCCACAGAGUUCCAGAACUGAUGGGUGUUGCCAAAGGAAGUAGAGCCUGCACGCUGCUAAGAAUUCUGCCUGUCACUCACGUUGUGCUGGGUCAGUCUAAAGUGGGAGAGUUUAAUGGUCUUGAACCAAAGAAAUAAUCUGUUCUGAAAGUGUAGGAAAAAGGCUGGAGGAAUUUUGAGGUAGUUGAUUUUUUUUUUAAACCAUCUAAAUGAAAUCUCUAAUGAGUAACUUUAGGAUUUUAUUAAAGGUAAUGUUUGGACAUCUUUUUAAUAUAAAAAUUUUGGUUUACAAUUGAAUAAAUUAUUUUCUCAGUA